AUGUUCAUUGGAUCCACCGUAUUGUUAGCAGGAACAUGGGGUUAUUGCAUGUACGAACUAGUCAACAACUACGAUUCAAGAUCUGAGGGAUUAUCUGCUGGAUGUAAUUCCACGUCUGUAUGGAAUAAGAUGAGGAUGUAUGAAGAGUAUAUUGAAGGUAUGAAAGAGGAUCAUCCGGAUUGGGAUAUAACUGUACCGGAUGUAGAUGAUGAAGAGUCUAAUGAAAAAGGAAAGAGAAGUUUGUGGAAGGUCGGGGAUGUGGAUACGAUUGUUGAAGACAUUCUGUCUUCUACGAUGGCUGGGGACGGGGACGAGAAUGGCAAUGGCCAGUUUGACAUGGUAUGGACAGAUCCUAGGAAGACUGAAGGAGAUGAAAUGUCUUUGGGAUUGAGUGAGGGCGAAGGAUCAAAGAUUCCUAUUGUGUUUACAGCAUGA